AACCGGGAAAACAUAAGCAUAAAGUAAAUAGCACUGUUAAUAUUAUUUAUUGCGAUAUUGCUAUAAUAUAGUGCCUACAACUUUACUGUCCAAUAGUUGCCUAAAGUAAUAUUAAUAAUUACUUAUUCAUCGUUCGUUUAUUAUCACAUGUAAAUUAACAAUUUUUUGCUUGUYGCGUCGUUAUCGCUUUUAACUCAACUCACACUUCACACUUUCACAGUCACUUAAAGUAUUUAAAAUUAUAUAACCGUUGUUGCUACAAUAAAAUAAUAUGGAAUCCACGACUAUACCCACACGGUCAUUUGUUAACGGUUCUUUCUUGCAAAAAUUCACCGACAAACCCGUUACAUUGAUCGGAAACGUGUUGAAGGUGAGUCCUGAUGGUAAAUCAGUAACGAUGCAAACAACAGAUGAUCAUGUGGUGACUGUUAAUUUUCAUGAACCGAUUGACAGCUCUCUAGAUGGAUGGGUCGAAGUUCACGGUUUGGCUAAAGAUAAAGGCACUGUGGCUGGAGGAAGUUACUACAAUUUACCAUCAUCAAUAACUGAUGAUUUUGAUAAAUCACAAUUUAAUGAAGCAGUAUUACUAUUAUGCAACCUGCCUAACCCCUUGAAGUAAUAAAAGGCAAUGAAUUGUUGAUUCAGA